GACCCGACGCCUCCCCGCCCGACCAGGUGCCUCGAGAGCGCACAGCUGGGAGGGCUCUCCCGGCCCGGCGGCACCCGCGCCCGCGGUGUGCUGGGGCGGCGUCGACGGUGACUGGCGGGGCGCGCGGCGCUGCCUCGGCUGCCGGGUAGCUGCGGCGAGCGCGCGGGCCGGCCUGGAGUCGCCGGGCUGAGCCGCCGCGCCUGCAUCUCCCCGCACGCCGCGGAGGCGCUCGGAGACAGACCGCGCGGGGGCGCACAAAGCGGCCCGGGGCGGCCGGCGCGGCCGGCGCGGCGCAGACCCUCGGUGGGCAGCGCACCCCCGUCUUCCCGGCUGGCGGCUGCAGGGAGCUCCGGCCCGCGGCCCCUCCGCCUCAAGUCUGGGAGCUGCCGGCCCCACUCUGUCUUUGCCUAUGGGGAUCCGAGAGUUUCCCGGAGGCGCACCCAGGGGCAAGAGCAUCGCCGUUGGCAUGAGGAGGUCACCAGACGUCAGCCCUCGGAGACUGUCCGACAUCAGCCCCCAGCUCCGGCAGCUCAAGUACUUGGUGGUGGACGAGGCAAUUAAGGAGGAUCUGAAAUGGUCGCGCUCCGUGGAGGAUCUCACCAGCGGGCCCGUGGGGCUCACGUCCAUCGAGGAGCGGAUCCUGCGCAUCACUGGCUACUACGGCUACCAGCCCUGGGCAGCGAGCUGCAAAAGGGAGGAGCGCCCCCGGGACUCCCCGGGCCCGGCGGAGGCCCAGGCGCCGGCCGGGGUGGAGGCCGGCGGGAGAGCGAGCCGCCGCUGCUGGACGUGCUCCCCUGCGCAGCUCAAGAAGGUGUUCUGGGGCGUGGCGGUCGCGCUGUGCGUGUGCUCCUCGUGGGCGGGCUCCACGCAGCUCGCCAAGCUGACCUUCGGGAAGUUCGACGCGCCCUUCACCCUCACGUGGUUUGCCACCAACUGGAACUUUCUGUUCUUCCCGUUGUACUACGUGGGGCACGUCUGCAAGUCCACGGAGAAGCAGUCUGUGAAGCAGCGAUACAGGGAAUGCUGUCGAUUUUUUGGAGACAAUGGCUUGACUUUGAAGGUGUUUUUUACCAAGGCAGCACCCUUUGGUGUUCUUUGGACACUCACAAACUACCUGUACUUACAUGCAAUAAAGAAAAUAAACACUACGGAUGUCUCCGUGUUGUUCUGCUGCAACAAAGCUUUUGUGUUCUUGCUCUCAUGGAUCGUUCUCAGGGACAGAUUCAUGGGAGUGAGGAUUGUGGCCGCCAUCCUCGCCAUUGCUGGCAUUGUGAUGAUGACCUACGCUGAUGGCUUCCACAGCCACUCCGUCAUUGGCAUCGCAUUGGUGGUGGCCUCAGCAUCCAUGUCUGCCCUCUACAAGGUUCUGUUCAAGCUCCUCCUGGGCAGUGCUAAGUUUGGAGAAGCCGCCUUAUUUUUGUCCAUCUUGGGUGUGUUUAACAUCCUCUUCAUCACCUGCAUUCCUAUCAUCCUCUACUUUACCAAAGUGGAAUACUGGAGCUCUUUCGAUGACAUUCCAUGGGGAAACCUUUGUGGAUUUUCAGUUCUCUUAUUGACAUUCAAUAUUGUAUUAAAUUUUGGAAUCGCUGUCACAUAUCCCACUCUGAUGUCUCUUGGAAUCGUCCUCAGUGUACCUGUGAAUGCAGUGGUUGAUCACUACACUAGUCAGAUAGUCUUCAAUGGGGUCCGGGUCAUCGCCAUCAUCAUCAUCGGCCUGGGUUUCCUCCUCCUGCUCCUGCCAGAGGAGUGGGAUGUCUGGUUGAUCAAGCUGCUCACCCGCCUCAAAGUGAGGAAGAAGGAGGAGCCUGCAGAGGGCGGUGCCGACCUGAGCUCAGGACCUCAGAGCAAGAACAGAAGAGCCCGCCCUUCCUUUGCCCGCUAACACCACUCCUCUAGAACUCGGUGGUAAUGACUGGGAGGUCUAUUCCUGCCGGGAGGAACCUCAGUUGGGUAAGGUGUACAUACCUGUACAGUUUUGGUCAUCUGCGGUAAGUUCUAUGGUAUUUAUUGGCAUGUCCAAUUUGCUUGCACUUUUCCACAUCAGACCUUCCACUUAAGGGUACCGAUUCAAUAUAAAAGAGAAAAGAAGAACCUCUCAGUGCUUUUCCAAUGAAUGUAAAGUGGGUUUAAAAGAUCCCUGCGUAGAUCGUUUUGGAUGGCUGACGUUCGUGAUAAGCCAGGACAAGUGUUUUGAAUCUUAGCAACCGAACAUGGCAUUGUACACUGUGAUUAUUUUUCAGCUAUGGUAGCUUAUAUUUUGUUUUAUACCAGAGCUGUACUCUUAAUUUUAAGGAAUUUCAAUGAACCAAAAGAUAACUGUCAAUUUAUUUGGAUGGAUGGAUGGAUGGAUGCAUGGUUGGAUGGAUGGAUGGAUGGAUGAUGGACGGAAGGAUGUCUGGGAUGUGAAGAGGUGAGGCAGAAAUGGAUGAUGAACAUCAAAAGCUGUCAGAGGACAGGUCUGUGCCAGGUACCAGGAAGGACAAGAUAAGUCCAGCCCCAGCUGGCCUGCUCUCACGAGUCUGUGUAAGAUCAUGCAAGAGAAAUCACAGUGCCUUCUACAGAAUUUUCGUCUUUACCUAUGUGAAGCGAAGUGACGUGGUACGUCACUGGCGCCGUCUUAUAAUUUAGAUGUAAAAAUCUUUAGAAACAAAUAAAACUAUAUAUAUGUGUGUGUGUCUGUGUACAAAGAUGACAGAGCUCAUGGCCAGUGCAUAGGGUGUGGCCCGUGGUGUACAAUACCCAUAUAAGGUACAUUGUGCAGGAGGGGGAUUGCUGGUUGCUUUUACUUCCUGACCAAGACUGAAAAAUUAUUUACUGAAAUCUGUAAACCUUUUUAUGAAACUUUUAAGCACCAGGCUGUUUACUUACACAAUUUAGGUCUGCCAGAAAAUUCUAUCUGUGAUAGAUCUGUAAAGAGGGUCAGGGGUUAGAGUUUACUAUUUUUGAAGUUUACAUUGUUACAUAUGAAAUGGAAACAUUAUUUUGAAAUGUUGUCAUAACCCAAUGGUGCAUUCUGUAACCAUGGAGUCUUUUGUUUCCUGGGGGAAAGGGGCAUUCAUGACCUGAACUUUUUAGCAAAUUAUUAUUCUCAGUUUCCAUUACCUGUUUGGCCAAACGGAUUAAUAAAAUAUUUGAAAAAGAAGC